AUGUCUUUGACAACAAAUGCGAAUCUCCCGUGGACUUAUGAUAAUCCACCUGAAUGGCAUAAGCAUUAUCCUUACGCUAAUGGGACAUGUCAAUCUCCAAUAGACAUUGAUACACUCGAUACAAUACCUCAUAUGUAUCCACCUUUUCUAUUCUCUUCUAAAUACUAUAUGGAUCAUUUGUUCACAUUGACGAAUACUGGACAACAGAUCAAAACUACGCUAUUCGAGCGUAUAGACGAUGAUAGCGACGAUGCACUAUGGUUUAGUGGAAGUAGUUUACCAGGUCGAUUCCAUUUCGUUGAUUUUCAUCUACAUUGGGGACAUAAUGUUCGAUGCGGUUCUGAACACGAAAUCAAUGGUCAUCGGUUUCCAGCUGAAGUACAUUUUGUCUACCGAAAUCGUAACAGUGAACAAAUUGCAGUUUUAGCGUUCUUUUUCACAGUCGUCAACGACGAUGCCCAUGAUCAUAGCGGGUGGAAAAGAUACACCGAAGUUGUUAGUCAAUUGAUGAAAACUCAUAGUACAACGACGUGUACAUUCAAUCUAGGUCAAUUAAUGCCAAUUGAUAAUGGAGAAUUUUUUCGUUAUGUAGGCAGUUUAACCACACCACCAUGCACGGAAGGGAUUAUCUGGACAAUAUUUUCUCAUACGAUUCCGAUAAAAGGCAAAAGCUUGAAUUUGCUUCGUCAAAAUGGACUGAGAACAACUUAUCGACCUACUCAACCUCUCAACGGUCGGACAAUUUUUCGUAAUUAUUAUUCAAAAUAUGAUAUGAAUCUAUAA